ACAAGGAAAGACGAAAAAAUAGGGGCGGAGGGAAGUCCGUGCGGUCAUGUCGCUCACGCUGAGCUCCAGGUUCUUUGAGAGUACCAAGCACUGCGUCUCGCCGGUGUGUGCUUCUCUCAGUCACAGAUCUCGCCCUCCCACCUCCCUCCUGUUUCCUCGCCGCCCUCCCUCUUGUUUUACUGCCAUGCUCUCUCUAUCCACUCCUGCUGCCAUGGGAGACCUUCCUGAUGCUGCCAUGGACGCUGUCCAGCGCCGCCUCAUGUUCGAAGACGAAUGCAUUUUGGUGGAUGCGAAUGAUCGUGUUGUCGGUCAUGAUUCCAAAUACAAUUGUCACUUGAUGGAGAAGAUUGAAUCUGAAAAUUUGCUACAUAGAGCUUUCAGUGUAUUUCUGUUCAACUCAAAGUUUGAGCUGCUUCUUCAGCAACGAUCUGCAACAAAGGUGACAUUUCCUCUUGUGUGGACAAACACCUGCUGCAGCCAUCCAUUGUACCGUGAAUCAGAGCUUAUUGAAGAGCAUGCCCUUGGAGUGAGAAAUGCAGCCCAGAGGAAACUUUUGGACGAACUUGGUAUUGCUGCUGAAGAUGUGCCAGUUGAUCAGUUCAUCCCAUUGGGUCGCAUGCUUUACAAGGCACCUUCUGACGGCAAAUGGGGGGAGCAUGAACUUGAUUAUCUGCUAUUCAUAGUUCGGGAUGUUGGUGUUCAUCCUAAUCCAGAUGAAGUGGCUGAUAUUAAAUACGUGAAUCGAGAGCAAUUGAAGGAGCUGCUGAAGAAAGCUGACGCUGGUGAGGAAGGAUUGAAACUGUCUCCUUGGUUCAGACUAGUCGUGGACAAUUUCCUAUUCAAGUGGUGGGACCAUGUCGAACGAGGAGAUCUUAAAGAGGUCGCUGACAUGAAAACCAUUCACAAGUUGACCUAAACUGGUAGCAAUGUUGAAUUGAAGUUGGCUUCUUGUACUCGAAGGAUUUGAUGCACUGGCCUUUUACGUCGUUCAAUUUGUCUUUUGUUUGAAUGUCAGGACCAUGAUAAUGGGUUGUAUCGCUUGAAUUGGCCAACCCGUGCAAGCACGGGGUUGUCGCCAGUUGUCUCUUAUAGUUGGUUGAGAAAUGUAGUGUGAAGAUUGGGUUAGUGGGACGUGAGUACUCGUUAAUAAAGUCCUGGCUGUUCUCAAGUCA